CCUCCCGUGACGACAAUGCGGAGAAGACAUGGUUUCUUUCUUAGUAGCCGGAUCGAGCACCUGCUGGGCAAGCUUUUCCUGUAGCGAGGCAGAGAACGUCUUCUCGAUGUCAGCUCGUGUAUGUUCAGUGCGGGGUCGGGAUAUGUCUCAUAUGGUCUUGUACAGGCCCAGUGAGGAACUAUUCUGCUUCAACAGCCGGGCACCUGACCUGACCUGACCCUGGGUAGCUCUUACUCACCGGUAUUGUUCUCGUCUCGCAUGGUCCGUUCUCUUCGACCUCGGUGAUCGCGCCAAGAUGACCAUGGGAUAUGCCAGCCUCUUCACCAUCUCGGCAUCGCAAGGUACGACCGUUGAAACUCUCAGAUGCAAGCGUGCGAUCCCUGUCGUCGGCGGAAGGUCAAAUGUGACCGAACACAACCAUGCUUGAAAUGUCGGGUUGGUCUUCUGACUUGUACUUAUCAUGAUAACGUCAAGCGUCAAGUCACAAACCGUCGCAUACCUGCAGCUGGUCGCUCCUCGGCUUCUGUUCGCAGUGCAUCGAUAGCACAAGAUGACGCACGAUCAGUCCAGCAGGUGCAUGAGGGCGUUGGCCGUCAGUCCGAAGUAUCCUCAGGCACUUCGACAGGGACUAAUGCAAGUCUUCCUCGUCAUGGACUCAACACAGCCAGAUCCACUUCACCGGCAGCUGGGGCGGACUCGUCUGGGACGCGAAGGGUUUCAAGUCGAUUGCUUCGAUUGCACGUGAAGCUGUUCUUGAAAUGGAUAUACCCUCUGUGGCCAAUCGUGCGACCGGAAGAGACUCUUGCUGCCUGUUCCAAUGUCGACUCCCUCUCGCCAGAACGAUACUGCUUCCUCGUUGCGCUGUGUGCAGCAACGAACACUCAGCUCAAUCUGGCUCCGCCGAGCUCAGUAUUCGAGCCCGCAGAUAGCGAUGAUGAAGAUGUGACAGACACGGCAGACUUCUAUCCUCCAUCCGCACGAGACUACCUCCUCCGCGAAGCUGUCAGUGUUCGGAAGACGCUCGACAUUGCCUCCGACCCCGAUGUUGACACCAUGUUGACUUCUUGUUUCUUGUUCAGUGCUUAUGCCAAUCAAGAGCGGCACAAAGAAGCUUGGUUCUAUCUCAGUCAAGCAGUUUCCUUCGCAGUAUCUCUACGUCUGCAUGACGAGUCAACCUAUACCUCUCUAGACCCUGUGGAGGCUGAGAUGAAGCGACGGCUGUUCUAUAUGACCUUCAUCUUUGAAAGGGCGUAUUCCCUCCAUCUGAAGUGUCCAGUGGUACUGCAUUCAACGAUUGAGAAGCCUACUAUCACUUUCGAUGACGAUCCUGCUCCGAUCGAGGCCUUUCUCGGGAUUCUCAGCAUUUUCGAAGCCUUGCCUCCUGACCUGUACAAUUGGCUAUGCAUUCCACGCUCUGAAAUGCAGCAUCAAGCCGGAUCCGUCCCUGUCUCCUACUGGAGCUUGUCCAACACCGUUCUGGCUCCGAACGGCGCACUUGAACCUCAAUUGAUCAACAUAUGGGUCACACAGCAGUGGCUUAGAGCCUUUCUGUGGCAGACAGCAUUUAGACUUCGACUGCCGGACACGGUAUUCAUGGCCGCAUCUCUCCCACUGGAAACGCCUUUGUCAGCGGCGAAAUCAGUCAUGGCAACCCUUGCAACGGCCUCUCCGAGAUCACUUGAGAUCCAUGGAGUAGGUAUGGAGCGCAAGCUGUUUGAUCUGGGCACGUAUAUCCUGGACUUCACAGAAGGUCUGCCAAUGUCCAUCACCCGCGUUGCAAGUUCAAAUCCGAAAGAACUGUUAUGGGGAAUUCUCAUCUCACUUUCGAAAAUCAGGGGGGCUACAUCCUUCUUAUUGCCGAGUCUGCUAGAAAGAUCCAAGAAACUCCUCGCCGUGGAAAGCCCAUGGCAGCCUGGCCUAUCAGUGCCACAGAAUGCAGGAGACGAACAAGAGAUAUACGAAAUCCCGGACGAGAUCAACUAUGGAUUUACUGGCCAUGACGAAGUGACAUACACGGGCAACAGUCAGGUAGGCUGGAUACUAUAGUUUGCCUAUCUCACCUCAUGCGGGUUCACCCCUUCAGUCCAUCGCCUUUUACCAAUCCGAUCUCCCUGAGUCUGGCGUCGAGCUUGUUUCCAGAAAAAGUGGCACCGUCCGACCACUGUACCUCUACACGUCCAAGGCCAUUUCACAUCACUUCACUUUUCCACCA